GAGUUUUUGAUCGAUUUUGAGGAUCGGCUUGUCUUCUCGAUUGGAAUAAGAUCGAUCGAGAGAUCGUAAUUGGCUUUUGAUUUUUGAAGGUUUAUUUUUGAGGCUCUUUGAGCUUGAGCAAAUAUGUUUGGUCGGGCGCCUAAGAAAAGCGAUAACACUAGGUACUAUGAGAUCCUCGGUGUCUCAAAAACUGCUUCACAGGAUGAUCUGAAGAAAGCUUACAAGAAAGCAGCAAUCAAGAAUCAUCCGGAUAAGGGUGGAGACCCUGAGAAGUUCAAGGAGUUGGCUCAAGCUUAUGAGGUUUUGAGUGAUCCUGAGAAGCGUGAGAUCUAUGAUCAGUAUGGAGAAGAUGCGCUCAAGGAAGGAAUGGGUGGAGGAGCAGGUGCCCAUGACCCGUUUGACAUAUUCCAGUCAUUCUUUGGUGGUAACCCGUUUGGAGGUGGUGGAAGCAGCAGAGGCCGAAGACAGAGAAGGGGAGAGGAUGUGAUCCAUCCCCUCAAAGUCUCUCUGGAAGAUCUGUACGUUGGGACGGCGAAGAAGCUUUCCCUCUCAAGGAAUGUGAUCUGCUCCAAGUGUAAGGGUAAAGGGUCAAAAUCUGGUGCUUCCAUGAAGUGUUCUGGUUGUCAAGGAUCUGGUAUGAAGCUGUCAAUCAGGCACCUUGGUCCUUCCAUGAUCCAGCAGAUGCAACACCCAUGUAAUGAGUGCAAGGGCACUGGAGAGACCAUCAAUGACAAGGAUCGCUGCCCUCAGUGCAAAGGUGAGAAGGUCGUACAGGAGAAGAAGGUGCUGGAGGUCAUUGUUGAGAAGGGAAUGCAGAAUGGACAGAGGAUUACUUUCCCAGGAGAAGCUGAUGAAGCGCCCGACACUGUCACAGGAGACAUAGUAUUUGUUCUACAGCAGAAGGAGCAUCCCAAGUACAAGAGAAAGGGAGAUGAUCUCUUCUAUGAGCACACCUUGUCCCUCACAGAAGCCCUCUGUGGGUUCCAGUUCAUAUUGACUCACUUGGAUGGCAGGCAGCUCCUCAUCAAAUCUAACCCAGGAGAAGUCGUCAAACCUGAGCAAUUCAAGGCGAUCAAUGAUGAGGGUAUGCCAAUGUACCAGAGGCCUUUUAUGAGGGGAAAACUGUAUAUUCACUUCACGGUAGAGUUCCCUGAUUCCUUGACGCCUGAGCAGUGCAAGGCACUGGAGGCUGUGCUCCCACCAAGGACGUCAACACAACUGACGGACAUGGAGGUGGAUGAGUGCGAGGAGACCACAUUGCAUGAUGUCAACAUCGAGGAGGAGAUGCGGAGGAAGCAAGCCCAGGCCCAGGCACAAGAAGCCUAUGAUGAAGACGAUGAGGGACAUGGUGGUGCCCAGAGGGUACAGUGUGCACAACAGUGAUUGCAAUGGUUGCAAUGGUGGGUGGGUAGACGAGGUAAGACGAGGUAGAAGGCCAAA